AUGGUUCAAGGAGAUUAUGAUUUGCUCCUAGAAAUGGGAUUCGAUGCCGAACGUGUCACUUUGGCUAUCAAAAAGACCAAGGGUCUUCAAGAUGCUCUGACUUGGCUUGAUCAGAACCAAGAUAUACCACUGGAGACACUUAGAGCUGCAACCGAACAAGCUGGCUCGUCCUCAUCCGCUCCGGACGAUGGGAAUGAUUAUGAUGGCGACGAAAAAUCCGAGAUCCCCGGCACUGCGGCCAGUAUGAAAUGCUCGGACUGCGGAAAGCUCUUCUCAAGUGCAGAACGUGCACAGUACCACGCCACUAGAACCGAGCACCAGAACUUCGAGGAGUCCACCGAGAUUAUCAAACCUUUAACUGAGGAGGAAAAAGCAGCAAAGCUACAAGAACUUCGCGAAAGGCUAGCAGAAAAAAAGGCUUCGCAGGCUAUUAAAGAUCGCGAGGAACAGAAAAAAAAUGAGCUCAUUCGCCGUAAAAAAGGGCAAGAUUCCGAUAAAAUCAAGGAAGAGCUCAGGAGGAAGGAGCAGUUGAAAGAGGUUGAGAAACGCAAGCGGGAGAAGAUUGAGGAUGCCGCGGCAAAGGAGAGGGUUAGGCAACAAAUCAAAGAAACUCAAGAAUUACGAAGACAACAAGCAGAGCGAGAAAGGGCAGCACGGGAGGGGAAGGUUGUAGAGGAGCAGCGACCUGAGCCUACUAAGCCAGCGGCGCCCAAAAGCGUCGCGUCUCACACAGAGACACGCCUUCAGCUUCGUUUACCUUCUGGGCCGCCAUUGAUAAAAACUUUCCCAGUAGAUACUACCUUAUUUGAGGUCGCGGAGGCUAUAAGGGAAGAAAGAGGUAUUGAAGUAUCCUCAAUUACAACAACAUUUCCUCGUAAAAUUUACCAGCAAGGGAUCGACUUUGGUCAAACUCUUAAAGAAGCUGGGAUGGUACCGUCGUGUGCCUUGGUUGUGGCAUAG